AUGCUACCGACCUCGAUCCCCGAUAUUCAGUGUCAAAACUUGGCUCACACUAUCUUGAUCUUGAAAGCUAUGGGAAUUAAUGAUCUGUUAAACUUUGAUUUUAUGGACCCUCCUCCGCAACAAACUAUGAUCACCGCAUUGGAAAAUCUUUAUGCUCUCUCUGCUUUGGACGAUGAAGGUUUGUUGACGCGUUUGGGUUGGAAGAUGGCUGAUUUUCCGAUGGACCCCAAAUUGUCGAAGAUGUUGAUUGCAUCAGUUGACUUGGGUUGCUCCGAGGAAGUCUUGACAAUCGUGGCUAUGAUCAGUGGUGCAAAAAAUGUGUUUUAUCGACCAAAAGAUAAACAAGCACAAGCAGACGCCAAGAAGGCCAAAUUCCAUCAACCAGAAGGUGAUUAUCUCACACUUCUGGCGGUUUAUGAAGGCUGGAAGAACAGCAAAUUCAGUAAUCCUUGGUGUCACAAAAAUUACAUUCAAUCGCGUGCAAUGAGAAGAGCCCAAGAUGUCCGGAAACAAUUACAUGCGGCUAAGAAGGAUCCGCAGGAUGGAUACAAGACUUUAGUCAAAGGCACUCCGGUCUUCAUCCAUCCAUCUUCAGCGCUCUUCAAUCGUGCCCCAGAAUGGAUCAUCUAUCAUGAAUUGGUCUUGACUACCAAGGAAUAUUGUCGCGAUGUGACGGCUAUUGAACCCAAAUGGCUCACCGAAGUGGCACCUACUUUCUUCAAAGUUGCGGAUGCCAAAACAAUGUCUAAACGCAAACAAAACGAGAGAGUUCAACCUCUGUUUGACAGAUUUGCCAAGAGCGAAAACGAUUGGCGGAUCUCCAAAGUCAAACGGAGCACUUCUUAA